GAGACGACAAGCGAAAGGUUAGUGGUGGAUUGAGAGAGUGCGGUGUUGGUUGAAGAUGUGGAAAGUUGGUGGUUGAUGCUUGAUCCUCGACUUAGCGAUUCAGACAGAGAGUAGCCAAUGGCCCGAAGAUUCCCUCGCGUUAUGGGAUUAGCCAAAAUGUGCAGGAACCGGAACAUCUCCUUCAAAUCUUUGGAUCCCCCUUCCUCCCUCACCCAUGGAAUCCACAUCUUUCAUUGCCCUGACGCGGUGGGAAUUGUUGCCAAGCUAUCGGAAUGUAUUGCUUCUAGAGGGGGAAACAUUCUCACUGCUGAUGUUUUUGUUCCAGAAAAUAAACAAGUCUUCUACUCGAGAAGUGAUUUUGUUUUUGAUCCUGUUAAGUGGCCACGUGUGCAAAUGGAGGAGGACUUCCUAAAGCUUUCACAAACAUUCAGUGCAAUAAGAUCUGUUGUAAGAGUGCCAGCCCUGGAUCCUAAAUAUAAGAUAGCAGUUCUGGCAUCAAAGCAGGACCACUGCCUUGUUGACUUAUUACAUGGAUGGCAGGACGGAAGAUUUCCAGUAGAUAUUACUUGUGUAAUAAGUAACCAUUAUAGAGGUUCAAACACCCAUGUGAUUCGUUUUCUUGAAAGACAUGAUAUUCCGUAUCAUUAUUUAUGCACAACGAAUGAAAAUAAAAGAGAAGGGGAGAUGUUGCAGCUGGUUCAGAAUACUGAUUUUUUAGUACUUGCGAGGUAUAUGCAGAUAUUGUCUGGAAACUUUUUAAGGAGCUACGGGAACGAUAUAAUUAACAUUCACCAUGGCCUGUUGCCAUCGUUCAAAGGUGGCAGUCCAUCUAAACAGGCCUUUGAGGCAGGUGUUAAAUUAAUUGGUGCAACAAGUCACUUUGUAACUGAAGAACUUGAUGCCGGACCUAUAAUUGAACAAAUGGUUGAGAGGGUUUCCCAUAGAGAUAACUUGCAGAGCUUUGUGCAGAAAUCAGAAAACCUAGAGAAGCAAUGCCUUUCCAAGGCUAUCAGAUCUUAUUGUGAACUUCGAGUGUUACCUUAUGAAGAAAAUAAGACUGUUGUAUUUUAAAGAAAACAGCAAAUAACCAAAAUAUACAUGCGCACCAAAAUGGGGUGCUUUUGUAUUUUUAUUCAAUCAUUUUGUUGGAAAAUUCAAUCAAUUUCUGACUUUAGUUGUAAAA